CGUGUGCGUCCACAUCGAUCGGUUGUAUGUAACAAUAAAUAAUUAUUUAUGUAGUGCGAACGUGUAUGUUUCGUGACCUGACUUUGUGUGAAUUGUGACGUUCCAUAUUAUGAUUUAGAAAAACACUCACAUGAAGUUUUUUAAUGAAACAUAAGGAAAAGCAGGAAACAUGUCGAAGAAAAAUUCAUUAGCGUUCCCAAGGACGGAGAAAAGGAUAAAACUAGUGCCCCCUGAUGGAGGUUGGGGGUGGAUGGUUUUAAUAGGAACAGGACUUUCCAAUAUUUUCAAUCAGUCUAUGUUGUCCCUCUUCAGCUUGCUAUACGGAGAUGCUCUGGAAGCAAUGGGACACACGACGCAAGGAGCGGCCAUAGUUCUCAGUGUUAUGCUUUUUGUGUCCAAUUUCGGUGGUCCGAUCGCCGGUGCUCUAGUUAAAUUGACGUCAGCCAGAUUUGUGUGCGUCACUGGAGCUGUGUUCUGUACCACAGGAAUAUUCUGUAGUGGAUUUUCAACGAACAUAGUGCAUUUGAUUAUAAGUUACGGCAUACUUUUAGGUCUAGGGUUAGGUUUUAUUCAAAAUGCUGGCUUCGUGUCCAUAAAUAGCUACUUUAAGUUGAAAAAGAGUAUUGCUGUUGGAAUAGCAAUGGCGGGAACCGGUAUUGGGCAGACCAUAAUGCCUCAUGUGGUGCGAUAUCUCCUGGACCAUUAUGGGUUUAGAGGAGCAUGCUUACUUCUCUCUUCCCUCAGCUUGCAUGGGAUUUGUGGAACGCUGUUAAUACAACCCGUGGAGUGGCACAUGAAAAAAGUAGAAGAAGAAGUUGUAGUUGAUGAAAAAAUUUCGCUAUUAGAGAAUAAUCACGAAAAUAAUGAUGAAGUAUACAAGGGUACUAGGCGUGCAACUGUACCAACAGUAUUGCAUGAAAAUGGCAAGGAAAAAGAAAAUUCUCAUAAAAUAUCUCAAAGUCAUACCGAAUUACAAAUGCAUCAAAAUGGUAAAACAAAUGGCCAUAUGAAUGGACAUAAUCACGCAGAACCGAAGAAAAACAAAACAAUUCUACAAAAAAUAUACGAUUUACUUGAUAUUUCCCUUUUAUCCAGCCCACGAUUUUUAAAUGUUAUACUCGGAACAGCUUUAACAUUUAUUUCAAUACAAAACUUCAGCAUGCUAUAUCCACUUUUCCUGCAGAAAGUUGCCGGUAUGAAUAAACAAGAAACUGCUAACUGCAUGUCAGCCGUAGCGUUUGCAGAUAUUAUUGGAAGACUUUCAUUGCCGCAAGCGCAAUCAAAAUUCAAAAUAUCAGCUAGAAUGACGUUGGUAUUGACCAGUAUUUGGUUACUUGUAAUAAGACAAAUUUUGGCCUACCAAACGGAUAUGUUCGUGUUGCUUGCUAUGUCGUCAUUAUAUGGAUUUGGGAGAAGUAUGGUGAUUGUAUCUAGGAACAUUGCAAUCUCAGAACAAUGUAGAAUGGAUCAGGUAGCGUCAGCUGUAGGUCUGGGAAUGUUAAGUAUGGGUAUCAUCGUCCCUCCUAUGGGCUACUUCCUAGGCUGGAUAAGAGAUUAUACCGGUAGUUACAUUAUUUGUAUAACUGCGCAAAACGCAAUUCUAGUGCUGUUCCUAAUCAUGUGGAUACCGGAUAUGUUACAUCAAUAUUACCAAGAUAAAAAGAAAAAUAAAAAAAUAGUAGAAGAAACGCAGAUGACGUAAGGCGCAUACACUAGAUGAAUUCACACAGACUGUGAUAUUAAUAAGCCAAAUGAAACAAGACUAGCGUAGGUAAUUGUGAAGUAAAAGGCUGCAUAAUUGUUGAACAUAUGAAGCCCUACCGAGAGAAGUUGGCUGUGAUGUUUUCAAAUGUAUACGUGUACAAUAUAACUUAAUUGACACCAGUUAGCAUUUAUAACAUUGAGACUGAUGUAGUAAUUUGUGUGAAAGGGAGACAUAAUUAAUAUUAAUUUAAUUUAACAAAUGUACGUUAUUUCUAGUCUAAUAAAUAAAUUAUUUUAUUUA